CGUGGGCGGUGCGCGAUCGUCUAUAUACACCCAAUCAGACGUCGAAGAAAAUUCUGGAGAGAAGCGUGAGACCAGAGAAAGUCAAGCCCGAGUUCAAUCUAGAAGCCGGCUCGACCACGCCUCUUCGAUCUGGGUCUCCUUCGCUUAUUCUUCGACUCAGAUCUGUGUUGGGUAGCCUGGUGUGCCACACACAUUGUCAUUUUCAUUGUCAUUGUCAGUCUGGUGAAUAUUGAAAAUGUACUUCUGGUCAUCAUCAUACCAAAAUGCAGGUAUUGAACUGGUUUUUGUAUUUCAAUGGACGCCAAGAGGUUCAUCCAAUUGGUUGAGGAGAAAAAGAAGAGAGCUUUGGAGAAGAAGGAGGCCCCUUUGAAAUGGGAGCAGAAGCUAGAAGCUGCUGCUAAGGCAAAGGCUGAUGCUGAAGCCAAAGAGAGGAAGCUGAAGGCUACAAAGCAUAAAAGAAAAUCAGUGUCCCAUUCAGAUAAUGACAGUGAUAGUAACAGCAGUGAUGGGGGAAGGAAGUCGAAUAAAAGAAGCCACAAGAGGCACAGGAAGCAUGCCCACUCUGACUCGAGUGGUGACAAUGAAAGAAAAAAGGAGAAGAAAACCAAGCAAAAGAUGAGGAGACAAUCCUCUAGCUCAAGUGAUGAUAGUGCUGAUGACCAUGAAGGUGGAUCAGGUGAAGAUUGGAAGAGAAAAAGGCAAAACCACAGAAGGCACAGGCAUCAUGAUUCAAGAUCUGAUUCUGAUAGUUCUUCGAGUGAUGAUGAUGGUGAGGUAAUCAAGAGGAGAGGCCAUGCAAAGCGUCACAAACACCACAGACGGUUGGAAUCUAGUACUUCAGAUUCUUUUAGUGAGAACGAUGCAAAAAUUCGAAAGAGAAGUCAUGCAAAGCACCACAAACGCCAUGAAAGGAGUGAAUCUAUUGAAAGUGCAUCAGAUGACAACCAUGAAGAAGCAGGUAAACGAGCAAGGCACAUGACGUCUGGCCCCCAAGGCCACUACCGCCACAAACAUUGACGCCAUCACUUCGAUGGGGACAGAAACCAUUUGCCCAGGGAAGAUUGAGAACAAAAAUUUUGCUCGUGAUGGUGACAUGUAUGAAGAUUUCUGAUAUCCGUGAUGAUCAAGCUACCUUAUUAGCGUUAAUUUGCUUUGUUUUUUGGUUCAUGGAUUCCAUGAAAUUUUGAUGCAAACUGGACGUGAUUGGUACCAAAAUUUGUGGAAGUCUCAUGUUCAGACUUGAUUAGUAAUUAAUUCCUAACGUAUUUCUAAACCAGACUGACAGUUUUUGAACCAAAUUUUAACUUGUGGUUUUGUAUGGAUUCUUGAGGUUUAAAUUUUAGCUUCCAAUAUAUAUUGAUUUUUUAA